UGUGGUGCGAUAAAGACGAAACGAAAUCAAAGUCACGGAAGGGGAGUGUUUUUAAUUUCUAGUGAAUUACAGGUGAGUGAUAUUUUAAUCAGUGUUAAAACAUUACGAAGUGCACCAAUAUCAAUGAAGACUGUUAAAAAAAUAAUAGUUUAUAAACUUAAUUGUGUUGUGUCAACGCCCGCAUAGGAUUCAUACAGAGUUCCUAAUUUAUAGCCCCAACAUGAAUCGUGGGCGAGCGGAGCCGACGCCGCCCGAGUGCGCGCUCGCGGCCGAAAUGCUCAACCACUUCUGCGCAGCAGGCACCAUGAAACAGAUCCUCGCACUGCACAGAGAGAUGUGCAACACGCUCGGGUUGAAGCCCAACAGACUGCCGGACUUUUACCCUAAACUUAAGACAAAACUCAGCAGUUCAUGGAAAGCGCAAGCCCUAUUCAAGAAGUUCGACGCGCGAGCCAACCACAAGGUGUACGGCAAGGGGCGGAUAUGUGCACAGAACAAGGUGCUGAUCAUCGGCGCCGGGCCGUGCGGGCUGCGCGCCGCCGUCGAGUGCCAGCUGCUGGGGGCUAAAGUGGUGGUCGUCGAGAAACGAGACCGAAUGUCGCGCAACAACGUCCUCCAUCUAUGGCCGUUCGUGAUCCACGACCUGCGAGCGCUGGCCGCGAAGAAGUUCUUCGGCAAGUUCUGUGCCGGCUCCAUCGACCACAUCAGCAUCAGGCAGCUGCAGUGCAUCCUGCUCAAGGUGGCGUUGUUGCUCGGCGUGGAGAUCCACGAGGGAGUCAGUUUCGAAGGCCUGCUCGAGCCCACUGUCACAGAGAAUUCUGAAACACUAGGCUGGCGAGCGCGCGUGUCGCCGCCCAACCAUCCUGUAUCUCAGUAUGAGUUCGACGUGCUGCUCGGCGCGGACGGCAAGCGUAACACUUUACACGGCUUCAAGCGCAAGGAGUUCCGGGGGAAACUCGCCAUGGCCAUCACAGCCAACUUUAUAAACAGACAUAGCGAGCAGGAGGCCUCGGUCCCAGAAAUAAGCGGCGUAGCGUUCAUAUUCAAUCAGAAAUUCUUCAAAGAACUGUACGAGGUCACUGGCAUAGACCUCGAGAACAUCGUGUACUAUAAGGACGACACACACUACUUCGUGAUGACGGCUAAGAAACCCAGUCUGUUGGACAAAGGAGUACUGCUAAAUGUGAGUACACGAUUGUAAUGUAUGGAUGUGUGU